AUGGAUACUGAAACAAUGGUCAUGCCAUUGAUUCUGAUCAUGCUUUUCUUCCCAUUUUGCACUUCCGUUGACACCUUAACACCAGACCAAUCCAUCAAGGAUGGCCAGUCUUUGAUUUCCAACAAAAAUAAUUUCGCCUUAGGCUUCUUCAGUCCCGGCAAUUCUAGCUACCGGUAUCUUGGUAUUUGGUUUGUCAAAGUGGCAAAACAAACUAUAGUGUGGGUGGCAAACAGGAAUGAUCCUAUUAUUGAUUCCUCAGGUGUUCUCUCCAUCAACCAGUAUGGAAACCUUGUCCUCCAUGACAGUUCUAACCGUCUUCUUUGGUCUACAAAUGUGUCUGUCCAGGGGACAACCUCCUCUGUUGCACAGCUUCAAGAUUCAGGAAAUCUGGUAUUGGUCCAAGGCAAUAACAAAAAGGUUAUAUGGCAAAGCUUUGAUCAUCCUACAGACACACUGCUUCCAGGCAUGAGGCUUGGGUUGAAUCGGAUGACUGGGUUAGACAGGUUCUUGACAUCUUGGAAGUCACAAGAUGACCCCGGAACUGGGGACUCCUUCUAUAAGAUGAAUCCUACUGGCUCUCCACAAGUCGUCUUGUAUAAGGGUUCGACUUUAUAUUGGAGGUCAUGUCCAUGGCCGUGGCACACAUCAUCAGCAGCAGCAACAGCCUCAUCGGGUUAUAAGUACUAUUCUGUAAACAACGAAGAUGAGGUAUCUUACGGCUACUUUUUCGAUGACCCCUCCAUCAUUUCUAGACUAGUGGUUUACAACUCAGGAUUGCUCCAGAACCUUAUGUGGAAUGAUGGUGAUCUUCAAUGGAAGGAAUUCUGGUCAGCACCUAAAUACCGUUGUGACAACUAUAGACACUGUGGCGCGUACGGUAAAUGUGGUCCCGAGUCUGCUGACAGUUUUAAUAAGUUUGAGUGUACGUGUUUGCCAGGGUAUGAACCCAAGUCUCCGAAGAAUUGGUAUCACAGAGAUGGUUCUGAGGGGUGUGUGAGGAAGCAGUCGGGCUUGUCCAUGUGUGGGAAUGGAGAAGGGUUUGUGAAGGUGCAGCUUUUGAAGGGUCCUGAUUCAUUUAAUGCAGUUAGGAUGGACAUGAGUAUGAGUAGCUCAGAGUGCAAGCAGGCAUGCUUGAGAAAUUGCUCUUGCACCGCUUUUGUAAGCAUGAAUGAUAUUGAUAGGAAGGGGACCAGUUGUUUGGCAUGGUAUGGUGAAUUGAUUGACGUUUCGGAGAAUUCAUAUGAAAGGUGGGAUCUAAAUGUACGUGUAGAUGCAACUGAGUUAGCUACUUACACAAGGAAGUCCAACGGUUUUCUUGGCCACAAGAGGAAGCUGGCUAUUACAAUAAUUUUUGUUAUGGUGACAUUGUUUCUGGUAUGCUUGAUAGCCUAUAUAUGCCUAAUGAGGAAGAGUAAAACAAAAGUGAAAAGAAAAUUGCCCAAUCAAUCAUUAUAUUUUACCGGUACUAAAGGCUAUUUGGAGGGAAAUGAACUAGAGGAGAGUAGUAGACAUCCAGAUUUAUUGAUCUUUGAUCUAGGCUGCAUAGUUGCUGCCACUGACCAUUUCUCUCCAAUCAACAAACUAGGGCAAGGUGGCUUUGGUUCUGUUUUUAAGGGUCAAUUAUCUAAUGGACAACAAGUAGCUAUUAAAAGGCUAUCCAACAGUUCAGCACAAGGAAUAGAGGAAUUCAAAAAUGAAGUUUUGUUGAUUGCAAAACUUCAGCAUAGGAAUCUUGUCAAGCUUUUUGGCUGUUGCAUUCAGGGGGAAGAAAAGAUGUUGAUUUAUGAGUACAUGCCCAACAAAAGCCUGGACUUCUUCAUUUUUGAUCAUACAAGAAGUUCAUUGCUUAAUUGGGGGAAACGCUUUGAAAUCAUCAUUGGGAUUGCUCGUGGGAUUUUGUAUCUUCAUCAAGACUCAAGAUUAAAAAUCAUACAUAGGGAUCUUAAAACUAGUAAUGUUCUCUUAGAUGGUGAGAUGAAUCCUAAAAUUUCGGAUUUCGGGAUAGCUCGUAUAUUCAAUGGGGACCAAAUUCAAGACACGACAACUAGAGUUGUCGGAACAUAUGGUUAUAUGUCACCAGAAUAUGCAAUAUUUGGGAAAUUUUCAACAAAAUCAGAUGUCUUUAGUUUUGGUGUCAUAUUGUUGGAGAUCGUUAGUGGCAAGAAGAAUAACAGUUCUUAUCAAAGGCACCAUUCCCUAACUUUGAUAGGGCAUGUUUGGGAACUAUGGAGAGAAGAUAGAGUCUUGGAUAUAGUUGAUUCAUCAAUAAAUGACUCAUUUGUUUCCCAUGAAGUAUUGAGAUGCAUUCAAAUUGGGCUCUUAUGUGUGCAAGAAGAUGCAAUGGAUCGACCAACAAUGUUGGCAGUUCUUCUCAUGCUAAGUUGUGAAACAACUCUUCCUUCUCCAAAACAACCUGCUUUUAUUUUUAGAAGACCUACCAAUAGUUUGGGAUCAAUAACAGGUGAGCGGUUUUAUUCUAUAAAUGACGUGACAAUCACUGAAGUCGAAGCUCGCUAAAGGUAAAGAUUCUAGUUAGUUGCAUCUAAAAUGCUUCUAUAAGGAUUUCUAGGACAAAUUAAAAUUUUGCUCUUUUUGUAUUUAUGAAAAAAAAAUGUAAUUUCU